GCUGCCGAAUCGAGUACACCGCGCAUGCGCUCUCGUGGAUCGUGUAACGAACUGUCAAUUCGAAUCAACGUAAAUAAACAAGUGAUUUUUGAAUUAAGUAAUACUUUUACGUGCAUAAGUUAAGUGUAGGUACAACAACUUAUGUAAGAGGGAUCGUGCCAAUAAGUGCAACGAAAUUGCAUGUAAUCUAAAAGUUAUGUGCAGAUAGACUUCGAUAUAAAAUGAACAUACAAUCCUUUUUCAUCUUAAGCGCUUUGCUCAUUUGUGAUGCAAAACUACCUCGAUACAAACAAACAAGUCAGCUGAAUGAAGUACGAUCGAAUUACACACAGAACUCACACACGGAGAGGAAAAGCGAAAAAACAUCAAGAAUCGUAAACGAGUACAGAAGGCAUCGGAGAGAAUCAUUCGACUCUAGAUCGUACGAAUCGAGUUUGAUAUGGGCGCAUUCAGAGAGAUUAGACGAAAGCGGUGAUGUUUUACUGAGAUGGGUUAACACAGAUACGAGUAUUACGUUCAGAUUGGAAGCGAGAACCCGUGGUUAUGUUGGAUUAGGGUUCAAUUCUGCGAGGAAUAUGAGAGGAGCUGAUUUGGUUGUCGCUUGGGUAGACGACAGGCACGGGAACGCUCAGCUUUUGGACUGCCAUGGACUAACCUUCGAAGAUCGCGCGGUGGCUGAUGAAGUGCAGAACUAUGAGCUGAUAUCGGGAUACCAGAAUGAAACUCACACGACUCUAGAAUUCAGAAGACAACUGGAUACGUGCGACCGACAGGACUUUGUGAUUGGGGAAGAUACUACUCAGCUGUUAUGGGCGUUGGGUCCGGCGGGAUCUGAUGGUGAAUUACCCAGACAUUUGCAUAGCGGUUCCCGACCUCUGAGACUCUUGCAGCCUCUCGCCAAACCAGACACGAUACCACUCAAGAAUUGGGAUGUUAGGAUCACAAAUCUUACGAUACCCCACGUAAUGGCAACCUUGUUCUGGUGCAAAGUCUUCAAAGCUCCAGAACUACCCAGGAAACACCAUAUCGUCGGCUAUCAGCCCCUGAUAGACAGCAAACCAAUAAGAAAUGGAAGACCAGUGGCUGAAAAGGAUAGUUUAUCUCCAGUGCACCACAUGGUGCUAUACGAAUGUGCUGGAGACCAGGACAAGAGGCUGUGGAACGAAUGGUCGGAAGGAGAAGGAUUCUUUGGGCCGAGUAGACCUGGGGAAUUGGCUACUUGCGUGACACCCAUUGCUGCUUGGGCUAUGGGAUCUAAAGGUGAAUUCUUGCCUGAAAACGUCGGCAUACCAUUAGGAGGUAGAGGGGGCGUUUCCUUCUACAUGCUCGAGGUUCAUUACGACAACCAAGCCUUACACGAGGUUCUAGACAAUUCUGGAAUAAGGAUCCACUAUUCUCCAACACUACGUCCUCACGAUGCGGCACUGCUAGGGGCCGGUAUUGGAGUAUCUGCCCUACAUGUAAUCCCGCCAAAGCAGCACGCCUACAGAACUGUAGGCAUUUGCAGCCCGGAGUGUACCAACAGUACUAUGCCUGAGGAAGGAAUCAACAUCGUGUCAGUACUGCUGCAUGCCCAUGGCACUGCUAAGAAAAUCUCUUUGAAGCAUAUUAGAGGAAAUGAUGAACUUCCGAGAAUUUCAGAGGAAAAUACUUACGACGCCCGUUAUCAACAGUCAAGGAUCGUUCCGGGAGGACGAAGGUUCUUCAAGGGUGACACUUUGAUUACUGAGUGUACUUAUGACAGCACGAGCCGCGACAAACCUAUUUUGGGAGGCUAUUCAGCGUCUCAAGAAAUGUGUUUAUCUUUCAUCUUGUACUACCCUCGUACGGAGCUGGCUGGAUGCUAUUCAAUGACGCCCGUCGUUGAGUUCUUCGAGGCUUUUGGCAUUAAGGAUUUCUAUGGACUCAGUAUGAUGCAGGUUGAAAAGAUAUUCCUAUCAUCUGGGAGCAUGGAAGGUUUGCCCCAGGAAGUCGAAGCCCAUAUAAACAACCACAGCAGUGACGAAACUGCUAUGCAAGGGGAUGACCAGGGAGUCGGUCUGAUGAAGAGCUUACUAAUAAAGGAUCCGCCCGAGUUUCGAAACAAAACUUUCAUGAUGCACUUAAAUGAGAUGCCCUGGUCUGAACCUCUGCUCACCGAACAAAUUGAGAAGACUUUGUAUAGAGGAUGGCACAUGACCUUCUGUAAGAAACGAGACGAUAGCUGGGGAGCUCCAAUCCAAAUUCAAAAUUAUCCCAACUACACGGCAAUAUCAAGGAACGAUGCAUCAGAUAAGUCAUGUCACUACAAAAGUGUGCGCCUGCCUUCGAUGACAUCAACGACCGGCUCGGGAUCUGUCAAUUACGUAAGCUUGGCGGCCAUCUUGGCUGUAUGCACAGCGCUCAUUGCCCGAUAACAAAAGUACAUUUUCUCGAUAAUUAUUGUUGUUCCAUUUUAUGUUUUGAGUUUACAUGUUUUGUGUUUAUGAGUAUAUUUCUCCUUGAAAUAGGCUAUUGUAUAGUAUUAUUGUAUGUUGGCCCAUUUUAUGCCUGGACUUUAAAUUAUUGAUAGUAGUGUAUAAGUAGUUUGAAGACACGGAGUUUCACUUGCCCUUUUACUAUUUGAUCAUAAUGAAACUAAGAAUUCGUUAAACCUGUGGGACUUUUAGGCAUUAUAUUGAUUUCUAAUUUUACAAAUAGUACUAUAAUGAAAGCUAUUUGCGUAACUCCAGGUCUUCAAAGAUAUAUUUUUUGGAAAUAUUUUCGUCUCGAACAAUGCAUAUUUAGGUACAACUUGAAAGCAAUGAAGUGUGUUUAGUUGUGAUUAUUUGUACUUAUGAGACUUAGGCCAAAAUAAUAUCUGAGGAAAGUGCGUAUCUUAAGAAAAAAAAACGUCUGUUUUUCUUUAGAUUGACGUACAGGCUUACUACUGCAUUUUUUGCGUUUGAUCAUACAGAUUUCGCAAAUUUUGAAGUGAAAACUUAUUCAACUGCGUUGGGCACUUUUUGGUAACAGAAAAUUUUAUGGGUUCACGUCACUGACAUGCUCAUGACUGGCUCACGUGAUAAUAAAUAUUUAAAAAAUAAAUAAGUAUACAAAUAUAUAUAGUUGCACACAUUUUGGGUGGGUGAAAUCUCGUGAGUUCGCGUUACCGAAAUGCUUACAGCAUUAUAUCUGUAGCUAUACAGCUGACGUAUUAAGCAACAUUAGUGCUGUGUUAUUCAUUUUAUCUGAUUUGCAACAAAUUUAUGCACCAAAUUAAGUUUCACUUUCUUUUCCUCUCAUGGUCUUGGUAAAUUACAAAUAAUAUUAUGAUAUUUGGAAGUUGCAGUUAUUGCAAUAAAUAAAAAUACAAAAUAUUGUUUACUUCUACUUUUAAAGGUAGGCAUAUCUUUUUUAUUAUUUUUGCCUAAGUGAUGAGAUUUGCUCAUGAUGACUGCUCGUGGGUAUUUAGUGAUAAUUGAAACCAAAUUCGUGGUAUAUACUUGUAGUUGUUACUAACAGGUUUUUUUCUCUUAAACUUGAUUCAAUACAAAUUAUUAUUUUUAUACUAUUCCAUCGGUUUUCAGUUAUGAGUAAUUCUUUAAAUAAUACUUACCUCUGUUAGAUAAUUUCUACAGACAAUACAAUUAGUAUUAUUAAGUAAUAAUAAUGUAAAAAUUACUACAUCCAUUUUAUGUUUCCUUUGAUUCGAAUGGUAUUUAAGUUUGAAGAUUUUGCUUCAAUUAUUGGGUUCAAUUGUUAUAAAUUGUAUUAUUUCUAAACUUGUCAAUAAUAUAUACCAUACCAUACGUUCUUUCUUUUGUUACAAGUUUGAAUUUUGAUUGCUUUCCAACUAUUAGCAUUGUACAUAUAUGCUUAAGAAUCACACUGAUCUUGAUAUAAAUGAUUCUUGCAUUAAUGUAUUCUGAAUAGCUAAUAUUUUUAAAUGAUAGAAAAAACCCCGAGUUACAUAAAGUUUUGAUGAUAUCUGUAGGAAGUAGGAUAUUACAUAGGUAGGUGAAAAGCAAAUGGUUUAGUUGAAUUCGACAAGCAAUAAAUAGGUUAUUGUAUAUUGUAAUUAUUUAAGACUCAUUCAAUUACGAAGCACUUCUACAAUAAAGGAUCCGCGUACAAUAAAUGAACUUUCCGCGUUUUCUCCCACAACGAUUUCUAGGUUACCUGAGUAUAAACAAAGAAUAUCUAUGCUAAAUGUUGAUUAUAUCGUUGACAACACUGUCAAUACAAUGAUAAUUCUGAAGUUUUCCGAAUGACAAGCACCCUUACAAAUAAAUGCGGUAAAAGUUAUACGUCCGAAUAAACCAAUCAUAAACAAAAUAAUGAACAUAUAUCUUAUAAUGAACGUAAGAAAAAAAACUUAUUCAAUUUAAAAAUUUAUUUAUAAAAUUCAUAUGCGUCUCUAUUUCCUUUAAGUUAUUUCAGUUAUGUUGCCUUUGGUAUGUUUUGAUUGUACUUUGUGCUACUGUUCAAAUGAUUUGAGUUUUCUUUAGUGUUAAUUCUGCCAAUAUUUGACUUUAAACAAAUCGACACGAGUUUCGCCUCUAUACGAGGUAUCCUCAGGACGUGUUGUCUCGCCAAAAUCAGGCACGAUACUGGCAGAUUUUGGCGAGACAAUCAACUCAAAUCAUUUGAAUAGUUAUGAAUUUACGCAAAGUAACGCCUAUUUCAAUAAAUUUUCUAUAUGCUACUGGAAAUUCAUAUAUUUCUUAAUGGUUAUUAUUGUUGGUGUGUUGGGUUCCUCAUCUUUUCGGCAACAGAAGUACAUUUAUAGCAUUCGAUGUUAAUUCAAUUUAAUAUUACUAGGUCCCUUAUUAUUUAAUAAUUAUGAUCUAAGGUGAGCCCUUCUCAUACUAAUUAAUAAUUGUAUUCGUAGCCUUUGUAAGUUACGGCCUACGUACAGUAGGAAGUACAUUUUCUCUGUCAUCUUUAAACUCGAUGUCUUUAAGAGUUCCCUAUUUAAAGAUGUCACGUAAGAACUGAAUUAUAAGUUUUAUUUGUAAUAAUUUUAUAAUUAUAUCUUUACCUACUAUUGUGCCUACGAUUAUUGUGUUGAACGUAAUUAAACGGUGUGUAGCCUUAAGUAAUUAGUUGUACUCUUUGUAAUAUUCAAUAUGAAAUACGAACAAAUUAUAAUGUAUCCUAGGGCUGUGUUAUUAGGCUCCACUUUUUAAAACUACCGUCGAAAUGAUUGUAAAGUUUUUGUAUUUUUGUAAGCUUUGUGGGUAGUCGUAUAAAAUCUUGUAUUACAUACAUACAUGUUUCGAGUCAUAUUUUUUUAGAAAUAACGACUGCAUUUGCUGUAAUUUAUGAUAUUUGUAAGAAUACGCUUAGUAAUUAAGGUUUAUUUAUUUAUAAAAGUCAAUAUAAUGUGUUUUAUUACUUUA